CCGAAGAAGGAAUUUGCGAAGCGGACGAGCUGGCAGCGGCUGGUUGGACGCUCGCAGAAACGCUCGGCCAUGGCUCGGUUUACGGCGCUCCUGCUCUUACCGCUUCUCGUCGAAUUGGCGGCCACCAUCUCCUUCUUCCUGCCGGUCAACUCGAGGAAGUGCCUGCGGGAGGAGAUCCACAAGGACGUCUUGGUCACCGGGGAGUACGAGAUAAGCGAGCAGGCCAACACCAAAACCAACCUGAAGAUCACAGAUUCUGCCAGUCAUUUGCUUUACAGCAAGGAUGACGCCACCAAAGGAAAGUUUGCAUUCACCACGGAGGACUAUGAAAUGUUUGAGGUGUGCUUUGAGAGCAAGUCCCCCAUGGGAACCGGAAGAGUGCCAGACCAGUUGGUCAACCUGGACAUGAAGCACGGCGUGGAGGCCAAGAACUAUGAGGAGAUUGCCAAGGUGGAGAAGCUGAAGCCCCUGGAAGUGGAAUUGCGGAGACUGGAGGACCUCUCGGAGUCCAUCGUGAAUGACUUUGCUUACAUGAAGAAGCGCGAGGAGGAGAUGAGGGAUACCAACGAGUCCACCAACACGCGCGUUCUGUACUUCAGCGUCUUCUCCAUGUGCUGCCUGAUCGGGCUGGCCACGUGGCAAGUAUUCUACCUGCGCCGCUUCUUCAAGGCCAAGAAGUUGAUUGAAUAGAAGAUCCAGCGUUGGUCAUCGUCCGGCUUGGCCGCCAAUGUCCAAACAUCCAUCCUCCUUGGACGGCAAGGGAAGUUUUAGGAGGUGGUGGUGGUGGGGUGGGGGUCUCAAAUUCUAUUUUUUCACAGAUGCCAGACAAAAACAAUGGUCUGUCAACAUGCGUACUUUUUUUUUGUUUUGUUUUAAACAACCAGGCCUGAUUUCUUUUGCAGUUCGUAACAUGAUAAGCGCUGUUAGGGAGAGAUGCGCCACGUGUCUGUCUGCACUGUUUCAAUGUUCCGGCUGCCCACCAACAAAGCACUCGAGCAUGUGCGGUGAGAAUGCUGCCGAGGAGACCCUCCAAAUCAAGUGAAGGCUAUUUGAAGGUGUGCUUUUGUUCUAUGUUGUCAUUCUUCCGUGUUAGCUUGCUACAUUUGCUUCCAUGUUUGUCAGGAGGUUUUUGGUUUGUUUGGCUUCAUCCUGUUAACGCUCCCCCUAAUCAUACGGAUAUUUCUUUUUUGUCACUGUAACAUUGUUCUCAUUAUAUAGAUAUUAGGUUUCCAUGUUUGAACUAUAGCAUCUUGUGAUUCAGUCCUUGUCUAAAAUGGCCAACAACUCUCAUUAGAGAGCAGCAUUUGUAAAAUAGCCUGCACGGAGGAGUCGGUUGAACCACCUGCUUUGUGCACCAAACCUGUUCUCCCAGGAUUGACUCUAAAUGGAGCAGUUGACAUCAACAAGUCACGUUUGCCAUUUUCUUGUCCCUGCACAGCCACCAAAUGGAUUUUUCAUUAUUGCCUCUCGAGUGAUACUUCAGAGGUGCGGUUACAUGGGCUUAUGAGGGUUUGGUUUGAAACAGGUGAAAGUUAAUCAUGAAGGCAUCUGUCAUGGGGAUUUUUUUUUCUUAAGGAGCGACCCAUGUGCAUUGUGCAUUUUUAUGUUGAGUGGUGCAUUUUGUAAUUUUGCUUUGGGCUUUUAUUCAAUAAAAUCGGAUGGGUUGACUCGA